UGUGGUUUAGCUAAUGAAACUUGAUUGUUGUCAUUAUUAUUACUGAACUGAACAAUGAGCAGCUCAGCCUCCCUCCGCUCGUACACUCUCUCAGAGGUGGCGAGUCACAACACGGCCGAUUCACUGUGGUUGAUCAUAGAAGACAAGGUGUAUGACGUGACAGCCUUCAAAGCUGAACACCCAGGAGGAGAGGAGGUGCUACUGGAGAAUGCAGGCAAAGACUCGACUGUAGUGUUCCAAGAUGUGGGUCAUUCUGCUGAUGCUCUACAAGCAAGGGACCAGUACCUCAUUGGUCAAAUAGUCUCUGAGCCACCACAGCAACAAGAUGGGAGGUGUGAUGGCUCUUGCAAGAAAUGGCUUUUUGUGGUUGGAGUUGUGGCUGUUGCUGCAAUUGUCCUGUUGGCGUACAGAAAGUACAAGUGAAUAUUUAAUUGUAGCCAUUGAACAGUUUAAAUAUUGUAUAACAAUAAUUAUGUUGUUGCCAUGCACUAGGAUUUUUGGUGUAUGUUUAGUAUUAAAAUUAAGGUAUAAUUAUAAUAAUUAUACUGACACCUAAA